AUGACAUACGGAAGUGGUCAGGACAUUGGUAUGGGGUAUGGCAGUGAUCAGGAUGCUGGUAUGGCAUAUGGGAUGAUCAGGAUGCUUGUAUGGGGUAAGUCUGUGAUCAGGACACUGGCAUGGGCUACGGUGGUGCUCCGAACGCUGGUAUAGGGUAUGGUGGUAAUCAGGAUGCUGGUAUGGGGUAUGGCAGUGAUCAGGAUGCUGGUAUGGUAUAUGGGGUGAUCAGGAUGCUGGUAUGGGGCAUGAAAGUGAUCAAGAUGCUGGUAUGGUAUAUGGGGUGAUCAGGAUGCUGGUAUGG